AUGGGGUGGUGGUUGGUGUUUGUUUUGGUACCGUUGGCGUUUGUGACCUGCCAGAACUGUCGGGGAGAGGAGCCGCGGGAAAGAGGCUGUGAAAACGUUUGUGAUAAACAUGGGAACUGCAAAAUACGAGCUGCACUUCUCUUACCAAAGAAUACGACGUAUGACGCUUGUUUACCAGUUGUUGAACCGGUGCUGCAAUUGGCAUUGCAACAUGAAGCUGUACGUGAUGCAUUCCCAUCAUGGUUGGAUUUCGAAUGGCUGACUUAUGAUGUCACUGAUUGUGACGCUGCCUACGCUGUCAUAUCAGCAAUCGAUGCUUAUAAUGAUUGCACACAUGUUUUCUUCGGACCAUCUUGUGAUUACGCACUUGCCUCUGUGGCCAGAAUAGCCAAGUUUCUCGGGAACACUGGCACACCAAUCGUAACGACUGGCGGAUUUACAUUCGAUUUUGUGAAGCCAAAGCAGACUUGCCAAGACGAGUUCUACAUGAUGGUGCGGGCUGGGCCGUUGGGUUUCAAGGACUUGGCUUACUUCCUCAUUGAUAUCAUGAGACAUUACGCUUGGCGGCAACUGGUACUUAUAAACGAACCUGACGCACAAAUGGACGUCGCUGGCAAAUCAACUUGCCACCUCAUGAUGAAGACGUUCGCCAAUUUUCUCAAGAUAGAAGACAUAAUUUACAUUCCCUGGGACACCACGUCAGAUGGCGGCCUAAAUUAUACCGAAAAUUUGAAGCUAUACGUUGGAUUUAAAUAUUCAAUAGGUUGGAGGGGUGGUUUCCUUCUGGCAAGUACGAUCCAUGAUUACAUGAUACUUGAAGGAAUUGAUGUUUUCGGUCGGGAAAUCCAGCCUCAGCAGACUUACGAGGACCUAUUACUCCAAAAUGUUGGGAGUAAUUACGCCAGUGAGUCCGUUUGGGGAUAA